CCAGACCUUCCGAGCGGAGCAGCUUUAACGAAAUGAUGUUGCGAAGUGUCGCUGUGCUGCUUCUGCUGGCCGCAGCUCUCUGUAACGCUGAGGAGCUUCAGAGCAAGAGCAAAGUAUGUGCCAAUGUGUUCUGUGGGGCUGGCAGAGAGUGUGCUGUCAAUGAGAAGGGAGAGCCCAGCUGUCUGUGUAUAGAGAGCUGUAAGCCCCACAAGAGAUCAGUGUGUGGCAGUAAUGGUAAGACCUACAGGAACCACUGUGAGCUCCACAGAGACGCAUGUCUUACUGGCCUGAAGAUCCAGGUGGCCCAUGAUGGACACUGCACGGAAAAGAAAACAGAGCAGUCAGCUGCCAGCCCAGUGGUAUGCUAUGCCGCAGACCGUAAUGAGUUGAGGGGCCGUGUGAUCCAGUGGCUGCAGACAGAGGUUGUCCCAGAUGGCUGGUUUGUCAAGGGCUCCAACUUCACUGACAACCUGCUCAAAUACUUCAAGUCAUAUGACAACGGUGAUUCCCAGCUGGACUCCUCUGAGCUGCUCAAAUUCAUCCAGCACAAUGAGUCGGUUGUGGAGUUGCAGUCCUAUGCAGACCAGGAGAGCAACAAGCUGCUCAGGAGCCUGUGUGUAGAUGCCCUCAUCGAGCUCUCUGAUGAGAAUGCAGACUGGAAGCUGAGCUUUGAUGAGUUCCUCAACUGCCUGAAGCCUGGCUUCAAUCCACCAGAGAAGAAAUGCGCUUUGGAGGAUGAGACAUACGAGGAUGGCGCAGAGACCCAGGUGGAGUGUAACCGCUGUGUUUGUGCAUGCGGCAACUGGGUCUGCACUGCUAUGACCUGCACUGACAAGACAGUAGAUGAGUCAGUAGAUGCUGGGGCAGAGAUGACAGAGGAGGAGUGGAAUCUCCGUGUGGCUGAGCUCAACAAGCAUCAGGAAACAGUUGAGAAGAUGAAGGCUAGCACAAAGGAGGCCUAAAUAAGGAUGCAAUGAAGGAGAGGAUGCACACUACCACCCUUCCUUCCAUACUUGAUUUACCUUGCGGCCGUGUGUUGUUAUUAAACUGACUUUUGUUACUCUGCUAUGUUAAUUAUUAUACUUUUUUAUGAUGUUAAAGUGUUUGUGUUGAUGUUUGGUAGAUUCAGGGGCUAUCAAAGACUAUUGUAGGAUUCCCUUGUGUUCAGUACUGUCAUGUUUGAUUGUAUUAUUGCGCCCCUACACUAGCCCUGGGGCUAUUUUUACUACAAUCCUUAUAUUUUUACAGUUAUUACAGAAAAAAAAACAAACAGUCAAGUUGUCACUGUUUUUGGAAUAUGAAAGUCACUGUUAGAGAAGAUAGAAAAGUUGAGCACUCGGAGAAUCCUCCUAUUGAAAUGACCCUCAUAGGUUUUGUGGUUAGCAGGUUGGUUGAUCGGCCACAGUAGGCCAAUACUUGACCAAUGCACUUCUUAUUCUUUCUCUCUUGCUUACUUAGGCUUUAGUUUAUCACCAGCCAUAAAUUAGUUUUUAUCUUACUGCUAAAGUAAUUUUGCUGCAGAAAAAAUAAGUUUGCUUCUAUGUACAGUUUGUUUUUGGUUCGAGUUUGAGCUCCUCUUGUUCCCAUGUUAUGCUCAGGUAAGUCUCUCUGGUGCUUUUUGAUGAAACAUUUCUCCAUGUAUGUCUUAUGUUUUUGAGACAAAGAUACAGUGGUUCAGCUUUCAAAUUGUGGAGAUGCACCACAGCACCCAGGUGAGACCUGAUCUGAAUAUAGCAUGGUGAAAACUGAAACCAAAGUCUUGAUGAAAGUUUUUGAAUAAUGUACACAACUCUCCAGGUAAAACAUUAUCCUGGACCCAGCAACAACACUAUACCUGUGCUUUCAAAAUCACUCUUUAACAGAAGGACUAGCCUCACUGUCAGCUAACGUAGUGUAGUUCAAGUGACUGGGUGCAUAUUAAUUGUGCGUGUGAGCGUGUGAUUGUGUGUGUGUGUGUGUGUGUGCUAUCAUGGAUGUGAUGCUGAGAGUAGUUUGGUUUGUUAAAUGUGUUUAUAUGUUAAAAUCAUGUGUCUAAAUUGGGAGGAUUGACAAAAAAAAUCAGUGCCUUAGACCUGCAAACAAUACAGGUUUCUACCUUUGCCUGCACGUAGGGUAUUAUACCACGUGGAUUGCAAGAAUGAGUGCUUUGCUGAAAUUUAGCAGUUAACUAGUGCUUUGUGACUCCAUCCCUUAUUUGUUUGUGUGAAAGUUGCAUUACUAGUUAAAGCUAGAUCUUUAUAUUCCACUAAAAGUGCAGAGACUGUAAGGAAUAUGUAUGUAUGCCAAUAAAUUCCAUACACCACAA